AUGAUAAAAUCAUUUUCUAUUUUUUAUAAAUAGGCUAGGUUUUAAGUAGUUAUUGUGAAAAUGAUGUUUUUUACUGUUACGAUGAUUUUACAGAUGAGGAACUAUUUGAAAAGAUAAAGACAAACCAUGAGAUUAAUAUAUAAUUCUGAUAAUUUGUAUUAAAAGAAUUUAAUUAUAAAUUAGCAUCUUAGCAUUUAUUUGUAUAAUAUGUAUUACAUACAGUUUUAUAAGAUAUCCUCAUUCAGGAAAGAGGUUUGAGGAUAAAGUAUUUUUAUAUCAAUUCAGAUGCAAUAUUAAGUAUAUAUAUUAUUAAAUUUAUAAGGAUAAUCCAUGAAGUUCUUAUCCAUUUUGUAGAUUAAAUUGAAUGUUUAAUAUAUUUGCAAGAAUUGGAGAAGUAUCUUAUAAUGUAGUAUUUUGCAUUUAUUUAUGAUUGAUAACUUUAAAAAAUCAAUGAAAGUGAUUCCAAAAUUUAAAAUGAUUUGAAAUUCAUUAGCAUUGAUAAAAAUGAUUUCUUUUUCAAUUAUAGCAGAUUCUACAAAUAAUAAUGGAUUAUCAAUAUUUGGAAACUGGUAGUUUUGAAUUUCAUUCAGGAUUUUCUUUUUGCUAAUAUACUACUUUUAUUUUAUUAUAUUCCAAUUUCAGUAUAUACAAUGAUAUAUUUCAUAAAUGCAAUCCUAAUGAUGAUAAAAAUAUAAAGAAUAGAGAGAUAAUUUUAAUUAAUAUUAUUAGAUCAUGUAUAAUUUGGACAGUUGAAGUAAUAUCAUUUACUAUAGCAGGAUUUAAUUGCUCAUAUUUUCAUUAAUGAAUUCUCGUAAUUUUUAUAACUAUUGGAAAUUUAAUUAAAUUAUGUUUACCUGGAGUUAGUUUUUAAGAUAAAAUGACCCUAAAAUUAAAAUUUAAUUAUGUAAAUCUUUAUAAUUUAUCAUUUUAGAAUAAGAUGAUUCUAAUUUUUUAGAAACUAUUUAUUAAAAUUUAAAAUAUGAUUCAAUUAAUAAAGUUAUUUUUGGUAUUAGAGCUAUUUGUGAAUCAGAUUAAUAGAAAAAUUAAUCCAAUCAGAUGAAAUUUGAAUAAAUUUAAAUUCUUAGAAAAUAUACAGAUUAAUAAUUAUAAAUGAAUAUAUUGCUAGCAAUGAAAUUUCUAAAUUAAAGUUACCUUGUAAUUUAAAUAUUGAUGAAUUUUUGAAGAAAUAAAAUAUAGAUAAAAUUAGCAGCUAGAAUUAAUUUUAAUUUUAAACAAUCCAAAAUGAUAGUUUAUGCUCCAACAAUUUUUUUGAAAUUAUGAGAAAAAGAUUUGAUCUUAUUCUAAAUCGGGAUUAAAAUUAAAAAAAUUAAAGGACCAGAUGGGAGUUUUUUCUUUUAACUCAUGAUAACAAAAUAAUUAUUAAAAAAUUAUCAGAUUAAGAAUUAGUUAUUAUCAUAAAAACUUAUUCCUAACUUUAUCCAUUCAAAUUAAAAAGAUACUGUAAUUUCACCUAUAUAUGGUAUUUAUAAGUUAAUUAGAUAAAAUUUAAAGAAUAUUUUUAAAUUAUUUAAGUCUUAAAUCCUAGAAAUAUGAAAAAUAUUAUUUAUGCAUAGAAUCAGAAUUUAAGAAUAUAUGAUAUCAAAGGACAAAUAAAUUCCAAAGAAGUCUUAAAAGAAUAUGUUUGGAAAUCAAGAAAAUUAAAUUAAAAGACAUUGAUUUCUAAACUUUAUAAUAAUAAUUACAAAUACCAAUAUAAUAUAAAGAGAGAUAGAAGAAAUCUUUAAUUAAUGAUUUUGACUUUUUUGUUAGAAUCAAAUUAAUUGAUUAUUAUAAUUGAUUGGUAUUCUAAUUCUUAGACUAAUACCCAUAUCAAGGAAUCUGUUGUAAUUCAAUAUCAUCAUAUUCUUAGAUUUCUAAUAACUUUUCAUCUUAUUAUGCUGAUACCCUAUAAGUAUUUAUUAUUAUAUAUGCCAUUAUUGAUUAUUUAUAAGAGUGCAAUGCAUAAAAGAUUUUAGAAAAAUAUUUCCCAAUAGUUCUUAAUGGUAAUAUUGAUCCUUAUUGA